AUGUUUUUCGAUGCUGUUGAUGAAGUUCCGGCUUUACUAGAGGAACCUGAAGAUAACGAAGAUAGUGGAGAAAAUGGCGAAGAAAAAAAAGAAAUUUCAAUAACUAGAAAAGUACUAGGUAAAAUUAUUAUCAAGCAAUUUAAUAGUAUUGGUUUUGAUUUGAAAAAAUGUGUGGAUGUAGGACUAAUAGAUGUAGUAUAAUAGUGUCAGAACUUCGUGGAGCUGUUAAUGAAAUCACUAAAGUAGCAUCUAAUGCCCGCAAAUGUCCUUGUUAUAAUCAUUCGCUAAAUAAUUUUAUAUCACAAACUUCACGCGUCAAAAGUAUCAGAAAUCUUAUUGGAGUAAUUAAAGAAACUGUAUCAUAUUUGUCUACAUCAGCUAAAAGUACAGUUGUUUUAAGAAAAUAUGUUGGGCAUCAGUUAAUUGGCGAAACGAGAUAA